AUGCUAAAACGUAAUCUACUAGUAAAUUCAACAGAUAUUUGCUUCUCAUCGAUUCCCGUGUAUCAAUCUCCAUAAAUUUUAGGUGGAAUGCAAGGCAUGACAUAGUUUAAUUGCCUAGAUUAUGACGCUAAUAAUAAAUAAUAUUUAGUGGCUGGGACAUCCUAAUCAUCAGAUAUAGUAAAUUAAACUCCAUCAGGAAUAGUUGUUUAAAUAGACCAAAAUACUGGUGUCGCCACUUGGAAUCGAUAAAUUAAGUAUAAUGUUGGUGUAACAUCUUAGAUUUAACCUACAUCUAUAUCAUAUUGUACUUAUUAAGAGACAUCUCCUAGUGGAGGAGGCUACAUAAUUAUUAUAUCUGAAUCCCCAAAUUAUUCUAUAAGUGUUUUGCUUAAAUCCAACGGCAAUUUAAUUCAAUCCUGGUAUGAGUAUGACACUACAUAAGGAGUGAAGAGUUAAAGAUCUGCAAUUGGAGCUAAAUUGUCAUCAUCUGGAAACAAACUCUCUAUUACAAAGAUAAAAGUAGCUGAUGGUACUUCUUAAUUUACUUUAACAAUUUCUAACUCAGAUGGUCCUGCAACUUAGACCAUAUCCAGAAUAAACUAUUUUCAAGAAGCAUUGACAGGACAAGAUGAAAGAACUGUGAAAUUAAGAUCAAGUGCUCAAGAUAUUGUCUUGAUUUACAUUUAAGAAAUACUUGGAAUUGCCACUCUCUAGAAAUCAUGGUAUUUCACAACUACUGCAAAAUCUAACUGUCUUGAUGUUGCUAUUGAUGCUGCUUCAGUGUAUACCAUUUUCAAUAUUUAAAAUAGUUUGGUAUAUGGUGGUUCUUUUCUCACUUCACUUAGCUCAUCUAUCUCUCUAUUACCACUAAGAUUAAGUACACUUAAGACAUAGACACUAUUUACAUAGUCUGCCAAACUGGUUGCUUAAAGGUACAUAAUGGUAGGAUCUACAACUUAAAUAAAUAAUCAAGUUUAUGACAAAAAACAAGCUUUUAUUUAUGAGUACCCAAAUUCUAACAUUAAUCUAGAAUAUGUAGUUAGCUCUGUAAAUGCUCCAGUACAAGUUUAAACAAUAUUUGUCUAGUCUAUUUUGACUGGCACCCUAAAAAUUGUUAACGGAUAGUUGCUAACAUUGUAGCCAUCUAAUGAAGCUAUACAGUUAAAAACUUUGUAAGGAAUAUCUUUAGAACAGCUACAAAAUAUUAAUGUUAGUUAGUUGCCAAGCACCAUGCUUGCAAAGUAAAAUUAAGGCAUUAUAACUAAUCCUCCAGUUCAGAGCAUUUAUACCUAUAGAGUUAAUGAAACAAAACUAAAAAUCUAGUUAUAAGAUUUCACUUAUAGCAAAACUUGUAUAGAUGCCUACUGGGAAUAUAAAGCAUCAUUAUAAGAAGAUUCAAAUUUACCAUCAUUCAUAAAAUUUACUCAGAAUAACUAUGAUUAAGGCUCUCAAUUUGAAAUUUACACCCAAGAUAAUCAAACAGCAAAUACUUAUCAAAUAAAACUUAAGGCUACUAUCACUAAAUCGUUUUCAUCAACCAUAUUCUUUUCGAUCAUUAUUAAUCCAUUGAUACCAAACAAUUAUACAAAUACAAAUUCCUCAAACAAUAAUACUAACAACAACUCAACCCUCUAAUAAUGA